GCUAGCCAACAUGUCCCGUGCCCGGCUCCUCGAUGGUCUGCGUAAGCACGAUGUGCUGCAACAGAGUAGUCUCGCCUUCGACUAUCCAAUCAUCGAGGCGUUGAUCCUUCAUAUUGACAGGCUCGUUGUGGGUGAGUGGGGCCAUGGCUUGAGGUCCUGGCGGUUGGCUCUGCACAUAGCCGCAGGCAAGUUACAACUCACCAGAGAUUCCAACUGGGAAACAUUGGGAAGCUACCAUUGGACCAUUGACUUUAGACUUGAGGCUAAUGACACCACCCCCUGCAUGAAGCUCGCAAUGGGAAACGUCCACGUUCAGCCGUGCCGUUGCCGAGAAGAACAGGAUGAAUAUGACGUAGAUGGUGAUGUCUUUGGCAAUGCCACUGUUUUCCUGAACAUCUACGACCUGAACGAGGAGUGGCUGCAGAGUAACCACAUCUCCAAGGACGUUUUGAACAUCGGCGGUGCCUUUCACGCAGGGGUGGAGGUGCAUGGCAAGGAGUGGUACUUCGGCCAGGAGGGCAUUGAAUGCCAGGAACCCAGGCAACAUGAGGUUCACGUCUACCGCAGCUCCAUCCCCAUGGGCAACACCUGUUACCCCGAACACGAAGUGCAGCGUUUUAUGCAGAAGGUGAUGUCCAAGCAGUGGCUGGGAGGGGACUAUGACAUGCUGGAGCGAAACUGCUGCAGUUUUGCAGAAGCGCUUUGUCAAUAUUUGGUUGGCAGAGCAGUCCCAAACUGGGUGACUCGCUUUCCGCGCAUGGCAUCCAGUGCAAGACGUGGUGUGAAGGACCUGGUUCAUGCGGCUGAGACUCUGACGAAUGAGAGGCUCAACCAGAAGUUACCUUGCGGUAUCGACAUGAGCGAAGUGCUCUUGGGCAUGAACCAUGACAUUCCUUCUCCCAUGGAUGAAUAUGAUGAGGAGGAGGUGAAUCUGGACGAGCAGAUUCCCCCGCGCCUGGUCCGCAGUUUCGUGGCCACGGUGUCCAGCAUGCCCCCCUUCAACGAGAGCUGCGCGGCCUCCCUGAGUGCCAUGGGCAGUGGCCGGCCGGCCACUUUGCUGGGGGCACUCUGA